CCUGGCAUUACGGAUAGUCUGCCUCACACAUUUCCUUGUCCGAGUGACACCAUCCUGUGGCGUGCCUGACUCUCUUGCUUGCUUUUCCAUAUCACAUUCGAGGACGAAAUGAACAUCAUACGAGCAUGCCUACGCUUCCCAGGAACGAGUGUUUUAUGUCGGGCCAACAGUGCAGCUUCCGGUUGCAGUAAACUGCGGAACAUCAGCUCCUUGGUCUCGUCAUGGAUGGGUGGUGAACAAAGAACACUAAUGUCCAAAACAAAGGGAAAUGAGGUCUUUCAGUCACCACCCUGGCAUUACCAGCAGGUCCGCACUGGGAAAAGAGGCACCGAGUAUCAGCCAAACAACAUCAAGAGAAAGAGGACUCAUGGUUGGAUUAAAAGAAUCAGCACAAAGGGUGGCAUCGAGGUGAUUCUACGUAGAAUGCUUAAAGGAAGAAAAUCGCUGACACACUGAAUCAGACUGAACCUUAAGCUCACUAAAAGGAUUUGUGUGGUUCUGAGAAACUUAACCAAGUUUUGUUUGUUUGUUGAUAUGAAUAAAGAGUUAUAUAGGAAAAUCUGUUUUAUUUGAGUUGUGAUGCUCAGACGGAUUGGCUCCUCAUUAGCAGUUCUUUGUAGAUUAUGGUGUGGCAUGAAAACAGCUGUUAUUAUAAUGACACUGUUUAUCCAAACCUCACAACAUAAAUCAUAAUGAUUAGACCUGUUGCAAUAAAACAUGUAACAAGUUGAAUUUUUUGGCUAAUAGUAGCUAUUGCUCAAUAUUUAGCUAAAACUAUAGCACCACAUGGCAUUUUGGACAUUAUAAAAUUGUAACAUUGUACAAUUAUAUUCUUUAUGAUAUUCUUUAUACAACCUUUUUUCUUUAAUUAAAGUUUGUUUGCUAUAAUCUGUUUAUUCAA